AUGUAUUCACACAAAGCGGCGUCAAAGACAGCCAUCGAUCGAUUAGAACGAUCUAUUGAAGUGAUGGGUACGAUGCCUGAGCAAAUAGCCGAGGCACACGUUCGAUUUAUGGGGUACGAUUUACCCGACAAUUGCUCGGCUGCGGUGAAACGAGGGAGGCUGUUGAAACUCCUUUCCGAUGAGGUUUUGCGCGAGGCGAAACGGGCGGAAAGGGAAGAAUUUACGACACAGGCAAAGGCUCAAAAUUUUGGUGAUGGAAACGAUGAUGACGAUGAUGAUGAGAACAAGAAGAACGUGUCAUCUUCACGUCGGCAACAAAACGACAAUGUGUCGUCGUCGUCGAUUUCUUCGAAUAGACGAAUAUGCGACGACGCAGGCGACAACAACUCCACGGAGACGAAAAUAGUGAACGGAGGAGGACGAUAUAAUAACAACAACGAAGGCUCCGAUAGUGAUUCAGAUUCCUCGGUACAAGGCACGGAGCGUGCGGCACCACCACCUCGUUCACUGUCGCCCCCUCCGCCGCGAGUCGACGAGCGCGAGGCGAAUGCUGCGAGUACGAAUACGUAUGCAGAUUCGGAAUCAGAAGCAUCAGAAGAAGAUCCGGACAACUAUUACGGCAAAGCGGCACUCGAGCCGGAAGCACCACCGGGAUCGAAUCCGUUCGCUACGAUAACUUCGGAGAAACAAAAGGAGAUGGAAAAAGAAGCGUUGCAACAAAUCGAAGAGGCUAAAAAAAUGAUGGCAGCAUUGAAAUUCAACGUCAGCAAAAACGAUAAUAGUAAUACCAAUAGUAGCGACGACGAGGACGACGAGGACGACAACGACGACAACGAUAGCAUUGACAACAUUAGCAACAACGACAAUAAUAAAAAUGACGACGAGAACAUCUCCAAUGGGGAUCUCCUCGCGGGUGAAAGUUUCGCUCAGCGCCAAAAUUCCAAGUUCAAAAACGUUUCCUUUCCGCCGCUUCCAAUCGAAGACGACGUGCGUUCCAUUCGCUCAGAUGCGGUUUCCUCCAGAGGCGGAGAUGACGUGGGUAGUGUGAAAGACUUUGGUGGUUCUGAAUACGGUGGUUCUAUUUACUCCGUCGCCGCAACAAUGGGUUCUAACCAAAACGAACAAGAGGAUGACGAAAAGUUGUUGGACCAACUUGUCGAAGAAGCGGAAGUAGAGAGGAUUUUGAGAGGAAGAAUCGACGAGGAGGAAGGCGACGGUAACAUCAUCGACGAUAAUUCGGAAGGGAAAGAAAACGAAGUUCCGCUAUCUCUUUAG